UUUCAGUCGCCCAUUAACGCCGGUAGAUGGCGUAGGGAUGUUGUUUGAGUAUUUUUCAACGCCGGUUUUGUGCUGCUUUCUAACCUAGACAUUAUUUCACAACAACAAGCAGGCAGAGCACAAACAUAUUUAGAAAAUGUUUUAUCACAUAUCGUUGGAGCACGAAAUUCUCCUUCAUCCACAAUAUUUUGGGCCUCAGCUGCUUGAGAAGGUCAAAACAAAAUUGUAUUCGGAGGUUGAAGGCACCUGUACUGGAAAAUAUGGCUUUGUUAUUGCUGUGACAACAAUUGACAAUAUUGGUGCUGGCCUCAUCCUUCCAGGCCAAGGUUUUGUUGUUUAUCCAGUAAAAUACAAAGCUAUUGUGUUCAGGCCUUUCAAGGGAGAAGUGCUUGAUGCUGUGGUGAGGCAAGUGAACAAAGUUGGCAUGUUUGCUGAAAUUGGACCCCUUUCAUGUUUUAUUUCACAUCAUUCUAUUCCUGCUGAAAUGGAAUAUUGUCCAAGUUCAAGCCCACAGUGCUACAAAACCAAAGAAGAAGAUGUUGUAAUCUGCGCAGACGCCGAAAUUCGGUUAAAAAUAGUUGGAACGAGAGUUGAUGCAACAGGAAUUUUUGCAAUUGGUACUUUGAUGGACGACUACUUAGGACUAAUCAGUAAUUAAACAUAUUAUAGGUGAUAAUUUUAAUGUUCAACACAUAAAUGCGACGUUUCUAUAUAAAAAAAAAUCAGUCAAAAAUCGAA